AUGGACGCUGCCUCCGAGUUCGAAGCUAAUGGAUGGUCACCUACGCUGUCUUCCAAUGGACACGCUCCAACGACAUCCUUCACAGCCCGAACCAAUCUGAGUGAAACCCAUGCAAGCAACCAUGUGUUUGAGUAUGAUGAUAACUAUGAUGAUAGCUCGGACGUUCCCUCACUGGCCCGAGCUGUUGAUGGAGAAGAUGAAAACCUAUGGUUGUGUCGAGCGUGUGACAGUGCGGACUGGAGAGUUAGCCCUGGCCAUGGAUGGGCAUGCAUGCGAUGUGGCAAUGAUACCUUCUAUGAUGCCUUCACCUCCACAACCUUCGCUACGAGAACGGGCAGUUGGAUGUUUGUGCCAAAUGCCCCACCUAGCAAUGCUGGCAGCCGUAGAAACCAUGAUGAUCCAGAUGAUGCCUCGCUGCAGGAAGCCUAUGCUGAGUCCGAGACAGUGACAACAGACCCUUCGGUCGACCCAGCCACCUUAUCUCCAAUGAAUAUGUCGAGACGUCAGCGUAGAGCCUUGAAGCGUCGUAAUCCUGGCAAUCCUAAAGUUGCACGAGGUCACAACGUUCCACGAGUUCCCAAAGUGCCUCUUGACCCUAAAGCUCAUCAAGAUCCCAAAGUAUCCCAAGAUCCUAAAGUAUGCGAUAGUUUCACAGUUCCUCAUCACUCAACUGGCUUUCCUAAGGAACCUGCUUUGACCGCCUCACCUGCUCGCGAACUUUUGAACUCCAAAGGUGGCCCGGGCAAGGGCAAAGGCUAUGGCGGCACUGGAAGUGAUGCAAGUUCAAAGCAUGCUGGAUGGCGAGAUGCAAUGCUGCGGGAUCUACAUAGCAUGACUGCGAAGAAUGCUGAGGAGAAGCCCUGGUCCAUUCGAAAGGGGCCAGCACCUGGCUUGAAAUACCGCGGUGGCACACCUCCUGCACCACCGCAAUGGACAUACAACAAAGGAGAUCUCCAAGCAUUUCAGCGCUGGGAACGCAAGUUGAUCGUUUGGAGGCGACAGAUUGCCUCAUAUCUUCCUCCAAACGAAGCUGCAAUGAUGCUCUAUGUCAGUCUGAAAGGAGAAGCUGAAGAAGAGCUUGAACAUGCAAGCUUGGACCGCAUCGACUCUGAGGACGGUGUGGACUACAUCCUCGAGACUUUGAGAGCUCCAUUGAUGGUCAAAGGUAUCUACUUGAAGCGCAAGUUCUUGGACGAGUUUGAGCGUCUGCAACGACGCCAUGGUGAAUCUGUGAAAAGCUUUUGCAACAGGUAUCACCGUGUUGAGCGUUCACUGCAGAGUGUCGGUGUUGACACAAGCAACAUGUAUGAUACCGAGGCUGCAGGAUCUCGUUUGCUGGAUAGACUUCGACUUGGCAUUGAUGCCCAGCGAAUGAUCUUGGUGGCAACAUCUCAGUCUUUGAGAUAUCAGGAUGUCAAGGACGCUGCCGAGAUUCAGUUUCCUGACCAUCGUCCUACGCCUCCAGUGGUCUACACCAGAGACUUUGACAAGGAGGAUAAGCCACAACAGCCCCGAGAUUCGAACAAGCCCAACAGCAACUACCGACCUCCUGCCCAACAAGGCAAAGGCCAACAGAAGGGCAAGCCCAACCAGAACUCUGCCUUUGUCAAAAAGACCUACGUUACCGAGACCGGCGAAAACGCCGACGAUGCCAAGGAUGACACGCAGGAUGACCCUGCAGCCAAUGAUGAGCCCAAUGAAAAUGACGAAGAUGCAGCCGAAGGACAAGAUGAUCCUGAAUAUCAACAAGCAGCUGACGAUGAUGAAGACGGCCAAGAUGGCGAUGUCUUCCAUGAACUUCAAGAAGCAGCCAAUUGCCUGACUGUGACUGCCCGCAGAUUGCAAGGCUUGACACUGGGCCGCAAGUUCACUGGCGGCAAAACAAUCAAGCAGCGCAAGCAAGAGUCGCACUGCUCAGUGUGCGGCGAAAAAGGUCAUUGGAAAGGUGACCCAGAAUGUAGCGCCACUGCAGACUCCAAGGGCAACGACAACAGCCGAGGCAAAACCUAUGGCAAAACGUCAGCUGGAUCCUCCUCUCAGAACAAGCCUCCUGCGAAAAAGGUUUUGCAUGUGCAGCAUGGGGAUGGAAGCCGGCGAUCAGUCACUUUUGAGGAUGAAUCCAAAGAUGUCACCGAAAAGACCUAUGGCACGUUUUUCACAUACAUGGUCACACACCACAUCGCCGACACCCAUCAAGUUUUUGGCAAUUUCAACCCCAAGUUCACCAAAGUGAUGGUUUUGGAUACCGCAUGCCAGAAAUCAUGUUGCAGCACUGCAUGGUUGGAUGGUAAGAAAGCUUCACUAGCAGAGUUCAAGCUUCGAGCGCGCACCAUCCCCAACAGAGAGCCUUUUGAAUUUGGACAUGGACCCACGCAAUACAGUCAUGAACAUGUUCAAAUACCAGUUUGUUUUGAUGAGGUUGAGAAGAACAUGAUGCUGAUUGGUGCAAGUGUUAUUUCAACUACUAACAAUAUUGCCUUCCUCGCCAGCAGCGAUCUCAUGACCAACAAGUUGAAGAUGGUGUUGAACUUGCCAUGCCAGGAAGCCUUCAUCGGGUUGCUCAACACCACCGUGCCCAUCUGUCAGAUUGCAGGCCACUUAGCACUGGACAUUUCAAAGUUUCCGAAGAUGGCCAGCAGUUCGCAGAUGUGGAGACAAUACCAUGAGAUGUGUUUGCAACCCGACCAUGAUCCUGAACUCCUCUAUUUCUCUGCAGAAGGCUCAAGCGAUCAAUUCGAUUCACGACACCGUGAUUCCCAUGAACAAGGGACCACCACCAGCAUGGCUGCAGAACUGGCGAAUGAUGGUUCGCCGAUUCCGACAUGUCGAGAUGUGGAUGGCCACCAUGAUGGUGCAAGCAGUGCGGCUGGGCCUACGACCUCGAAGAUGGAUCCAACACCAAGACCCGUUGGACAUGGAACUCCAAGAGGCCCUGCUGAACAAAGCCACCAAACCAUGUGCUCACGAGAAGAUGCACCGUUAUGGGAAUCGAAGCGGAAGCUUCGCCAAGUGCCUGAUGUGCGAGAAAAAGUGGAAGUGGUCCGAAGACGAAGAUCGAUGGACAGACCUGGUAUCCUCCAAGCGGCAGCCACUGCCAUUGCCUUCAUCUUCAACAGCCUCGAACUUCCUGGACAAAGCUCGACGCCCAGCUUGGGCACUGAUGGCAACUUCUUCGAGUCGUCGGCCGAAACAACGUCGCAGGGCACAGCAACACCUUUGACAACUGCGACAAGACAGCCACGAGGAGCCAGACCAAAGAACUCAAGCAAGAAGAGAUCAACUCCAACCGAGGAAGUGGAGGAGGUGGAGAGCUCGGAGUACGAAUGGGAACAAAUAGGCCAUCUCCGGAGCACGGCCAAGAUCUACGACUUUGAGACAAAGACCUAUGAGGCCCUGCUCACCUAUGCGGAGAAAAUGGCAACUGGUCCCAAGAUUGACCUUUUAGAAGUGUUUGCAGGUUCGGCCAACCUGACAUUCCGUGCUCCCAAGUUCAACCUGAACGCUCUCGAGCCCAUGGACAAGACCAUCAACGUGGACUUGAAAACCGAAGAGGGCCGCAAGUUCCUUUGGCGAGUAGUCAUGAAGUUUCAGCCACUUCUGAUUCACGUUGCCUGGCCCUGCCGCUACUGGUCAUUGUUCAACGAGAACAUGAAUUACAGCCACAGGUUACAGGAACUUGAAGAACUACGCAAUGAUGAGCGGGUCCUUGUUGAUUUAGGAUCCGACCUCAUGCAUCACCAACAUCAGCAAGGACGCCUUUACCUGGGCGAAAAUGUGCAACGCUCUCGCAUUUGGGUUCAACCUUCAGUGGAGUCCGUUGCUGAAUUGCCAGGCAACCUGAUGACCCAAUGCGAUGCUGGCGCAUAUGGCGCCGAAGAUUCACAAGGGUACCCCAUUGUGAAGACCCACCGCUGGACCACAAAUUCUCCAGCGAUUGCCUCAGAACUCUCAAGGAGAAUGACUCCUGAGCAGAAGAUGUAUGCAAAGCCAAUUGAAGGCGCUGAGACAGAACCAAGUGGCCACUAUUGCGAUGGACUGGUCGAUGCGAUCCUUCGUGGACUUCAGAAGGAAGCUCGCAUCAGAGACCCAGCACGUUUUGUAAAAGCCAACAAGGUGUUCUAUGCACACCCCUCCAGUGAUGAGCAGCUUUGGUCACCAAUUUUGGAUGAGUUGGAGCGGCGCUUUGGAAACACCAGCAAAAGGCCCUACAACAUCGCAACCAGUGACCCAAUCUACAGAGAUAUCGAGAAUCUCAUCCCUUGGCAACUUGAGCGAGUUCAGGUCACGUGGACACCAUCAGUCAGAAGGUUUCCCACUGAGUUUGCCUACACUCAUCGUGGCGCUGUGCUCAGACUGGCCAAUGGGAAAAUCUUGAUUGAGCAUGAAGACCUCUCACAGGUCGUCUACCCCAAGCAGAGGUACACUGAUCCCAUGCGACUUGGGAUAUACUUCUUUGGAACGGCCCCACAAGAUGAUGAUGAAGAGCCACCUCCACCACCAGAAGUUCCAGAAGCUGAUGCUCAAGCUCAACAACGAGUUCCAGGCAUCACCACCGACAUCUGGUUUGAAGGUGCCGGUGCCACUCUCAACAAAGAGCUGCAGAAGUCAUUGGCACGACUUCACACCAACAUGGGCCACCCGCCGAAGGAGGAGCUGAUUCGCAUCUUGGCAGCCUCAAACACUUUGUCCUCAAGGGUGUUGACGGGCAUCGAAUGUUUGCGAUGCGGAAGCUGCCUUCGUUUGACAGUUCCAAAGAAGCCACCAGUUUCCUCAACAACAGCCAUAGCAGCAGGUCAGUUUGGAGAUCGCAUUCAAUCUGACAUUGUCUACAUUCGCACUCUCAAUGACAACAACAUAGUGAUUGGCAUGGUGGACGAGUUCACAAACUAUACAGUGGCACACACCUUGGAAGACCGAAGCCCAGCCACUGUUUUGAAGAUGAUGCAACAACUUUGGUACCACCCUCUUGGGCUUCCACACCAUGUCACUGUCGACCCUGACACAGCCUAUCUUGGAGAAUGCGAAGAAUGGCAUCAACGCCAUGGCAUUGAGUAUGAAGUGAUUCCAGCAGAAGAGCACUGGCGAAUUGGCAAGGUGGAGAGACGCAAUACUCUCAUGAGAAGCCUGGUCGAACGACUUGUGGAUCACCAUUCCAUCACCUCCAAGGAAGCUUUGGAUUCAGCGAUCAUUGCGGCGACUUUUUCACUAAAUUGCUAA